AAUGUGUUUUACUUGAUUCACCUGCUGUUGGGAGGAGGUGUCCGGGAGGAAAAGAGCUAGGAGGGAGGGGCAAACACAGCGCACGGAGAGAAAAGAAGAAGUGAGUUGAACGUUAGUCAAGCUCUUUCUGCGUUUUUGUUAUUUUGGGGGAAAGUUGACACAUCCUGAUUCCCGCGUUUUAGAUUGUAAACGUUCAGGAAAUAAACGCUUAAACUGGACUCUCGUCUCCUGUCUGUUUCUCCUGGGAAAGUGAAAAACGUCAUAAUACAUUAAGUAUUUCUCCUCUAAAGAUGGCUCAGUAUCGCAGACUCUCAGACGGCAGUGCUGACAGCAGUAUCUUCAGAUCCCAGCAUGAACGUUUCUCCUGGUUUGAUCAAAAACAAGAGAGACCAAAGUCCAAGUGGUAAUCGUCCUGACAUGAGUGAUCUAAGGAUUGUCCUGCUGGGGAUCAAUGUGUCAAAAAACAACAAAGUGGGAAACAACAUAUUAAAUAAAAAAGUGUUUGGAGUAAAAACAACACAACCUGGUGUACAGAUGUUCAGUGAAAGAGUGGAGGGGAGGCACAUCACUGUCAUCAACACAACUCACCUGCUCGAUCCACAACUCUCACAACAAGCAAUAGCACAGAAAGUGUCUGAGGUGUCUCCUCCAGAACCUGAUGUGAUCAUACUGGUGCUGCAGCACAAUAAUUUUAGUCAGCAGAUUAAAGACAGAUUACCUUCAGUGUUGAACUGCUUUGGCGAGCAGGCGAUGAGGUACACAAUGAUUCUGACUACUGAUGAUGAGAAACACAGCACAAAACAGAAAUCUUUAAAUGAAAAAGAUAUUCAACAAAUAUCUACAGAAUGUGGAGGAGGACGUCUUCAGCUUCAAAACACACAACGCUCUCAAAUACUUAAAAAAGUAGAUGAAAUAAUCACUCGUAGUGAAUUUAAGGAGACACAACGGAGCUCAUCACUGGAUCAAAUGGACAUGAGUGAUCUGAGGAUAGUUCUUCUGGGGAAGAAUGUGUCAGAAAACAGCAGAGUGGGAAACCUAAUCUUAGGGACAGAUCCGUUUGAUAGUGAAGCUGCUCCAGCUGAAAGGAAGCUCCAGCAGUGCAGUCAGAGAGUCGGAGGAAGACUGAAGGACAGACACGUGAGCAUCAUCAACAGUCCUCAGCUGCUUCAGACAGACCUGUCACUUCAUCAGAUCGCACAGACAGUGAGAGAGUGUGUGAAUCUGUCUCAUCCAGGACCUCAUGUCUUCAUACUCGUACUGCAGAACAAUGACUUCACUGAGGAGGACAGGUACAGAGUGAAAAGUGUCCUGAAAGAAUUCAGUGAAGAAGCAGUUAAACGCACUGUAGUGCUCGUAACUGAUAAAAAGACAUUUGGAGCAAAGCUAAGUUCUGUUCUCUUUAAUAAUGUGGUCCAACAGUUAAUAAACGAAUGUGGAGGAGAACAUUUGCAGCUUGAUGAAAGAAAACCAGAAAUCCGUUCUGAGAUAUUUAGGAUGGUUGAUAAUAAACUCAAGGAAAACCUGGAAGAAUAUCUUACAUGUGAGAUACAUGGAGAUAUUAAAGGAACAUCUGUGGAUGAAGAUCAGACCAGCUCAGAAGAAGAAAAUCGGGAGAGAAGUAAUGAAGAUUCAACAAAUGUCUCUGGAAAACAGAAGCUGAACCUGGUGCUGUGUGGAAGUGAUCGAUCACUUACGGUCUCUGUGUCCAAAAUGUUACAAGGGAAAAAGAUCAAUCCUUUACAUCAGACAGUGAUCAGUGAAGAGUGUGUGAAGAGAAAGAAGAAUAUUCAUGGACAUCUGAUCAAUCUGGUGGAGCUUCCAGCUCUCAAUAAGCUCUCAGAGGAGGAAGUGAUGCGUCACACUCUCCACUGUGUCUCUCUCUGUGAUCCUGGAGUUAAUGUUUUUCUCCUCAUUGUUCCUGUUGGUCCACUUACUGAUGAAGACAAAGUAGAAAUAGAGAAGAUUGAGAAGAUAUUUUGCUCCAGAGAGCACUUCAUGGUGCUUUUCACUACAGAUCUAAGGACUGAAGGACCAGUGACAGAGCUUGUUGGAUCCACAGACUCUCAGAGGUUAAUCAGUCUCUGUGAAGGUCAGUACAGAUUGAUAGGGUUAAAGGAACCUGAAAACUCAAGGCAGAUCCCAGACUUACUGAAUUAUAUAGAGAACAUGAAGACUGAACCAUAUUCACUUCAGAUGUGUAUGAAAGCUCGAGAGAAUGGAGUCAGAUGUGAACUGGAGGAAAAACUGAGUGAAAUGGAGGAAAAAAUCAAAGAGUUAGAACAGAAGAUUCAGUCAGAAGAUGCUGAAGGUGAAGCGGGUGAUCCAGAUUGUUUGAGGAUUGUGUUGAUCGGAAGGACAGGAAAUGGAAAAAGUGCAACAGGAAACACUAUUCUGGGAACAAAUGAGUUUGUGAGUAAGGCAAGAACAGAUUCAGUGACGACUGUUUGCAUGAAGGGAGUUGGUGAAGUUGAAGGUCGAUCAGUAGCUGUUGUUGAUACUCCAGGUCUCUUUGACACGACACUAUCAAAUGAAAAAGUAUCGGAAGAAAUAAUGAAAUGUGUUUCAAUGUCAGCACCUGGACCUCAUGUGUUCAUCAUUGUGUUGAGUGUGGGGAGAUUCACCAAAGAAGAAGCAGACACUGUAGAUCUGAUAAAGAAGAUCUUCGGUCAUAAAUCUGCUCAGUUCAGCAUCGUUCUGUUCACUAGAGGAGACGCACUUGAGGAUGAAUCUAUAGAGGAUUAUGUGAGGGAAAGUAAGUCUGCAGAACUCAAGAAAUUGAUCAAAGAUUGUGGAAACAGAUUCCUGGCUUUCAAUAACAAGGAAAAACAAGACAGAUCUCAAGUGAUUCAGCUGUUCAACAUGAUAGAAGAGCUGAAAAAAGAUAAUCAGGGUCAAUACUUCACUAACAGCAUGUUUGAGGAGACAGAGAUGUCCAUUAAAAAGAGAAUGGAGGAAAUAAUGAAAGAGAGAGAGAGAGAGAUUCAGGCUCAGAGAGAAGAGUUGCAAGCCAAAUAUGAGGCGGACAUGAAAAACAUGAUGAAGAGACUUGAGGAAGAGAAACAAAGAGCAGAUGAUGAGAGAAUGAAAAUGGAGAGUCAAAUGAGAGAAAAAGAGGAAAAACUCAGAAAAGAGUUUGAAGAAAAGGAGAAAACAGAACAGAGGAAACGAGAGACUGAAAACCAGAAAUGGUUAGAAGAGGAAAAAACAAAAAGAGCUGAAUAUAAUAAAAAAAUAGAAGAGUUAAAGAGAGAGAUUGAAAAUCAGAGAUCACAGUAUGAAAAACAGAGAAAGGAAAGAGAGGAAGAAGAUAGAAAGAGAGAAGAGAAAUACAGACAAGAUUUAGAUCAAUUGAAAGAAAAACAUGAACGCAUUAUAGCAGAGUUGCGAAUUAAAGAAGAAGAAGAAACUAAUAAGAGAUAUUUGGAGGAGCAAAGGAGGAAUGAAGAAGAAGAGGAGGAGAGACAGAGAUGGGAAAGAAAAAUAAAAGAGGCUGAAAAUGACAGAAAAGAGAUUAAAGAGGAAAUUAAACAACAGCAGAAAGAAUGGGAGGAUGAAAAGAAACGACAGAUGAGAGAAAGAGAGGAAGAAGAAAUAAAGAGAAAGGAGAAACAUGAGGAACAGCUGAAAGAAAAACAAGAAGAACUGGAGGAAAUGAGAAAGAGGGUUGAAAGAGAGAAAGAAGAAGAAAGACAGAAGAUAGAGGAAGAGAGACAGAAACAGAGAAGAGAGAGAGAAGAAAAAGAGAAAGAAUAUGAGGGAAAGAAAAAUAAUAUGAAAAUAUAUUAUGAACAGCUGGAGCGAGAGAGAAACGAGGAGUGGGAGAGAAGAAAACGUGAAGAUGAUAAGAGACGAGAAGAAGAGAGAGAGAGAUGGGAGAGAAAGAUUGUUGCUUUUAAACAAGAGCAAGAAGAAGAGAAAAAGAGGAGAGAAACAGAAGAGAAGGAGAAAAAAGAAAAAGAAGAGAAAGAGCGAGAUGAAAUGAAAAAGGCAUAUGAAGAGGAAAUAAAAGUCAUAAAGAACAAACAUGAAGAGGAAGCCAGAAAACAAGCAGAAGAACUGAAUGAUUUCAAAGAGAAAAAAGAGGAGCUCAAAGAGAUGCUGGAUGAACGUCAGAAACAAUAUGAAUUUCUGGAAAAACUUUAUAACCACCUGAAAGAAGAGACAGAAAAAGAAAGAAAAGAGCAACAAGACAAGGAAGUACAAAAAAGAAAAGAACAAGACAAGGAAGAACAAGAAAGAAAAUGGAUAAUACAUGAAAUUAGAGAAUGGAUAAAUAAACCAAAAUGUGUUAUUCAGUGAUUGUUUUCACAGCAUCUCAGUGAUCCAUUUUCUGAUAAACAUAACACGUCUUCCCUGAAUCUAUAACUUCUUUCAUUUCUAUUUGCUAUGAUGAUAUUUAAUUGAAAUGGUCUUGCCUUUUGGACUUAAAGGGAUCAUGAAAUGAGAAAUCAAAUUUUCCUUGAUCUUUUGAUAUAUUGUAAGUUUCAGAACUCAAAACCUUCUUUGUUAGUCCAAAAACAGAUUUUAUUGCAAGGUGCCAAAACAAAAAAAUUUCAGAAUCAUUUCAGUAUGACGUCACAUUGAAAAUUAUUUUAAAUAUGCACAGUUACCCAAUAGGGAUGUAAUGUUACACUCAACUCACGGUGCGAUAUGAUUCACAAUACUUGUUUCACAAUACAAUAUUCUCAAAAAUAAAUUUAACAAAAUAAAAUUUGAGACAAAUUAUCAAUUAAAAAGUGUUCUUUUAUUAUUUCUAAGCCAAAAUGCUGCAUAUUUCUUUGUGAAAUUGAAAUUUCAGAACUAAUCUUAAAAAAGUCCCUCCAAUUAGAUCUUCCAAUGCUGUUUUCUCUGGAGGAGGUUUGUUUUGACACAGCUCCUGCAAUGUCUGUCUGGCUGCAGAUAUAAAAAUAAAAUCUAAGUACAACAAGGCAAGAUUUGCUAUAAUUGCUAUAAUUUGCAUUAACAUUAGUUAAAUAUAUUAACUAAGAUGAACUACCAAUGAACAAUACAUUUGCUGGAUUAUUUAUUAAUCUUUAUUUAAUGUUAGUUAAUAAAAAUAAAAAAAUAUUAAUUGUUUGUUCAUGUUAGUUCACAGUCUGUUAACUAAUGUUAACAAAUGCAACUUUUAAUUUUAAUAAUGUAUUAGUAAAUGCUGACAUUAAUAUACACUAAGAGUAAUAACUGCUGUAAAAAUAUUGCUCAUCCUUAGUUCAUGUUAACUAAAGUAGUUAACUAAUGAACCUUAUUGUAAAGUGUUACCACAGCUCCAUUUACACAUUUAGAGAGAGUACUAUACCUGCACAAGCACAACUUUCUCCUUCAGUCUCCUUCUUCAAUCCCUUAUUAGAUGAGGCAGACCGGAAUUAACUUUCUAUGACUGAAAAACAACCGUAUCUUUUGCCAUGAAAACGCAAAUCUCCGUGGCUCUUGCAUUCGCUGCUGACUGCUAUUAGUGUAGGGGAGGGAGCACAGGGCACAACCACAAAUAACCCUUUUUGACUUUCUCAGUUUGUGUAAAUCUUGGUUCAAAGAAUGUCUUUUGUUCCAAAUUAAUUUCACACGUCUGGUGCAAAUAUGUGGCUUUGUUUCAUUAAUACAGUGUAUACUUUUGUCUUUGUUUAACCCAAAAGAAGGGAAGUGAAAUGUGACAACAUGCCCCAUAGGUGGGGCGCAUUGUAACAUGUGAUGGGGCAUGUUGUAACAUGACCAUAUGACAGCUAAAAAUGUUAUCUGACUUAAUAAAAUAAAAUAUAUAUACAUGACAAACUAAAAUAUUUUGUCAAUAAAAGACAAUAAUUAUUUUUUCAUAUAAAAUAAUAACAUUUGUUUUUAGAAAUUAAAAUAUAAAUAAUUGUGUAGUUUGACAAAGAACACUUUGUAAAACACAGCUGUGCAGCACUGGUCAAAACUAUACAGACAAACAGAUGAAGAAACAUAUUCAAAAAAACACAGAGCUGAACUCAACACUUCUCUCCCUCCAUCACAGCUCUCACAGAACACGGGAUAAAUAGACGAGACGGUACAAAUGCUGAACAUUUCUUGAAAUAAUAUUUUCUGAAUGUUCAGGUUCUUCCUCUCAGUCUUUAUUCACCUUUUUCCCCAUAGUUUAUCAAUCAAAAAUUCAUUAAAGUUGAUUAUGUCAGUUGUAUCGUAACUGUAUAUUAUAGUUCUAAUAUUGGGGCACAUUGUAACGCAGUGUUACAACGAACCCUAUCUGUGCAACUGGAAUAUAAACCUGGUUAGUGUCUUCUGAUAGUUAGUGAAGCAUUAAAGAACUACCCAAACUGCUAAACAACUGGUUGGGGAUUAAAACAAUAUCAGAUUUGUCUCAUUUUAAAUAAAUACAAAAAAUAUAGAUGAAAAAUUAUCUUAAGUAAGAAAUUUACUUUUGCUAUUGUUAAAUAAAUGUUCAGUGAUAUCUUCCAAAUAUUUCUGAAUAUUGGCACAAUUUUUUCUCUAUAUAUUGUUGAUAUGGCAACUAGUAAAUAUGUUAUGUUUCUUUAUGCCACGGUCCCCUAUAUUAACAUUAUCUUGCAGUAUCUGCACCUCAACGCUGUCAACUCUGUUUUCAAAUGUCUCCGGAUUAAUGUUGUAAAUGCCGCUAAACCUGCCAUUUGAAUUAAGAUGGGUCAUCCUCUCAACACCAGCAUUUACCAUAUUUAACGGCUCUGUGCUACGCUUGACACUUGAUUUGCUCGCUGCUCUCAUGCCUGUAAAGUGGCCUCACAGUAAUCAACUUCAGCAAUAGUGCCCCUGCUGUUUAAAUGUGUAUUACGAUUCAUUUUAACAUCUCAACUGAAUUGAAUCAUCACAUAUUUUCAUCGAUUUUCAACCAACUGCAUUGUUACAUCCCCAUUACCAAAUAAUAAAACUGUCUACAUUAAUCCGGAGACAUUUUAAAACUGAGUUUUCAUUUAAAAACGCUCCUCAUCCACACUAGCGUUUUCAAGCGUUUUCCAAAGUAGCUCAUCCACACUGAAAACGCUUAAAU